AUGGAUGAGUUGGCCAGAUGUAUACCAUCGCAAUCACUUUCAAAUGGUACCAGUAGUAACAGUACCAGUGAUCAGCAAACUAUCCAGAAUGGUUUCGCAAUCGACCAUGCAGCUCCACUGGACGGAUCAUGCUUCGACAACGUGGCCGCCAAAAGGGUAUCCAAAGAAUUUCAACAUUCGCAAAUUUUGGGUUCCAAAGCCAGACAGUGGCAAGAGAGAGGCUAG